AUGCCUCUGGAUCUCCGCAUCUUAGCUGAUUUCGUCCGCUACGAUAAGCUUCAUGUAGCUGGAUUUUGUUUCGAGAAACUUACUUUGGCGGCGAGAUGCUCCGGAAUGGUGGCCAUGAAAACCGAAGCUCCAACACCGAGCUUUGGGAGUGUAUCGCCAUUUCUUCAAGAACAAAUUGUUCUCCUCACCGGGAAUUGGAACCGGCUCUGCCCUUGGUCGUUGUUGCGUUGUUUCCAAGAGGUCGAGAAUCUCGUCGUUCGCGUCGAUUGCGUCAUCUCCGACGGAUCCUCCUCCCUCGCUUCCGAUAAGCCUCGAUCUGCCGCCGCCGGUCCCUUCUCCGCCAUUUUCCGUCUCAGUUCCUCGGCACGAAGCGGUCGUCUGGCUCUUCUGGAUCGUCUUCUUCAUCUUCGUCCUCUUUCUCUAUUAGUGGAGGCGGAGACGACGGAGAGAUGGAACAAGGCGGCGUCACUCAGGAAAGCUUCUGCUUUGUUUGCUCUCUUUGUUUACUUUGCUUCUGUCUUUGAGUUUCUUGCAGAAACCAAUUGCUGUUCCUGA